UCGGAGAAAGGCUUUCAGGCACACCACCUCUUGCAUCCUCAUCUUUUGAGCAUCUCUGAGGGCGUGAUACGCCCGCAUCCAGGCCUCGUCCUGGACACCAACAGACUCGCUGAGCGCUCCGCAGAGGGGGAAUGCUGUGGGAGCUGCUCACCUCCUUCGGAACCCCCCAUUAUGCAAACUGUGCCCACGGUUUUCACCACAGUGGAUCUGUGUCAAGAUGGAGACGAAGAAGACUGCUACCUGACAGCAAAUGAAGGAGGGAUGGAGGAGCUUAGUGGUCAGGAUUCUGAAGAUCUGAAAAGGAAGAAACAACGAUUGCCUUUCCAGAUCUUUCCUGACCCAGUAGAGGUAGUGCUGGGCCCUGAGACAUCUCUGAACAGCUUGGCUCAGAACCACCAGAGGGAGCGUCUACCCUCCAUUGUUGUGGAGCCCACUGAGGUGAGCGAGGUGGAGAGCGGAGAACUGCGUUGGCCCCCGGAAAACAUGGACAUGGAUGAGGAUGAGGAAGACCUCUUUUUGGAGCAGUGCAUUCCCCCAGCCAAUAUUGCUGACUGGGGAGAGGAGGAUGAGGAGGAGAGAACAUCAGUGAUUCUGAGCCAACAGCAAGGACUGACACUCAUUGACCUACAAUCGGAUACGUUUCAAGAUGACACCCCCACACUUCCACCAAGCUGUGUUUCGGCCCUCAACCGAAACCUCUGAAGACCCCGUGAGAAAACAUUAAUAAGUUGAUCCGGGCAAUGAAAUAUUAUGAGCUGAAGGACUAAAGGGCAAUGCUGAAAGUAGAGUAUUUUUUCAAGUGCUGAUAAAGAGCCGGUGAAGCUCACAAAGAAGCCAUAAAUGGACAUGUCUACACACUUGGCAACACGCUGAGGAAGAUCAUUACAUAAACAUAAAUUGUAAAAUGCAAACAUUCAUGGAAUAUUACCAUUUCUGUGUGUCAGAUUUUUUUUCAAUUUUCAGAGCCAUUGUUACUGUUAUUAUGUUUCAUUUCCCUAAUUCCCAUUUUUGAAAUGAGUCAGUGAGUCACAGUGCCAUAAGAGGACAUGCUGGCUUUGCAUAUUAUUUUGUUCCCUUAACGCUGUUCCCCAAAGAGCCUUAAGCUUAUUGGACUCUAUUACCAAACUUUUUCAACCCAUUGUUGACUUCAGUGUAUAUUUAGAAGACAAAGUUCUAAUACUCAUUAGUCAUCAUAAUAGGAGGUCAAAGAUUCUAACACAAACAUGUUUUGAGAACUCAUCAUGUUGACAAAAAAAGCAACUUUUGUUUGUAUAGAGCAAUUCAGAUAAAAGUGAGAACUAUAGUCAUGGAUAUUAAUUUGGUCUUGUGUCUAGGCUGCCUGUGAAUAUUAUGUACAUAUAUACAUAUGAUGGUGUCGCUGUAUAAAUGAUAAAAAUAAACCUGUCAAUAAAGCAUUUUGUUCUACUGCCACAA